AUGGGCAAGGACAAGGUUGAGAAGGAGAAGCGCCGCGCUGAGAAGAAGGAGAAGCGCUCCGACAAGGACGGCAUCCAGAAGCCCAAGAAGGAGAAGAAGGAAAAGAAGGACAAGACCGCUCUCGUCGAUGCGGUAGAGAAGGAGCUCAGCUCUUUGGAGCAGUCUCCCGAGGCCGUUGCUGUCGUUGAGGUUGAGGUUGAUGAGAUGGCCAUUGACCGUCCUAUUGGUGCUCUCGUGCCUUUCGCCCAGCCAUUGGUCGAGGACAAGCAGGCCAAGAAGGUUCUCAAGAGCGUGAAGAAGGCUGCUGUCAACAAGUCCCUCAAGCGCGGUGUCAAGGAGGUUGUCAAGGCCCUCCGCAAGUCGGCCGUUCCCGCCGCCAACGCUACCAUUGACAUCCCCAACGGUGUUGUCAUUCUUGCUGCCGAUAUCUCCCCCAUGGAUGUCAUUUCUCACAUUCCCGUUCUGUGCGAGGACCACGGUAUUCCCUACAUCUUCGUUACCUCCCGCGCCGAGCUCGGUGCCUCUGCCGCCACCAAGCGCCCUACCAGUGUCGUUAUGGUUACCCCCAAGGCUGCCAAGAAGGGCAAGAAGGAUCUCGAGGCUGAUGCCGACAGCGAUGACUUCGACAAGGUGUUCGAAGAGCUCGCCAAGCUGGCACAGAAGGAGAGCAAGAAUGUGACCGUCUAA